AUGUCCAAUAUCUUCCAGAAAGUCAAAGAGGUCAUGAGCGGGCGUUUCAAUGAUCCCAACGAGACCACUCACUACGAUGACGGGGGCAAGCGUAAAUACAAUGAUAGCUCAACCAGUAACGAUUUCGGGUCUGCUGUUCACGAUGCUCUUCCUGGUUCUGGAAACAGUAGACCGAACAUUGGCGGCGACGGCCGAGACAGGAACGACCAGUAUCCUCCUAGUGCCGAGAGUCAUCGAGGUUCGCGCGGCACGCAUGGGUCGAAUUCUAGCACUGAGAAUUAUGCAACCGCUUCAAAUGAUUACGAAGGUCGCAGAGGCUAA